GAUCUGGUCCACCUCACAAACAGCAAUGUGACCUUGUCCUGUAUUUGACACCGAUCCUUUCCAAAUCUGUGCCCUUCAGCUAUCUUGCAGAUAAACGCGAAGCACUUGGUAAGAACUCAGUGAACUUUUGCCACUGGUGGACGAGAUAAUGCACAUUCAGUCUGAAAAGCAUAAAGCACUCCACAAGUGGAAGCAGUAAGCCCAGCGUGCGAGCCCCCAACGGUUCACCAGCACCAGCCACAGUGCCCAGCUUCGCAGAGGACGGGUGAGAGGGGACUGCAGAGAAACUUCCGGUUCCGUGGAGCUCCAGAGGCCCCCGCUGCUGGAAGUGAAGGCAAACACAGAGCUGAAGAAGAGCCUGGCCAAGGCCCCCUCCCGGCUUCCUCUCUCGGGAAGCAGGCUCAAGAGGGGCCCAGAGCAGAUGGAGCCGGCCUUGGAGCCUGCGAAGAAACGGACGCGAGGCCUGGGUCCAGCACCCAAAAUCGACACCUUGUGUCCAAGGGCACCGCCGCUCAGCACAGCUUCGCAGAGCCAAGGCCAAGCUGCAGCUCAAAGAUUUCCCAGGAAGACAGGACCAUGCCCCCCAAGUACAGUGCUGAAGAAUCAGAGGCUGGUCCCCCCUGCUCCUGCCCAGAAGCCUGCUGCAUCCACUGCUCCUCCUGUGGUGGGAGGCAAGAAGCCUGGCAGACGUCCUGGCUGGGACCUAAAGGGUCAGCUAUGCGACGUCAACGCAGAGCUGAAGCGCUGCCGAGAGAAGACACAGACACUGGACCAGGAGAACCAGCAGCUGCGGGCCCAGCUCCAAGAGGCCCAGCAGCAGGCCAGUGCCCUAGGGACGGAGCGCAGCAGCUUGGAGGGGGAGCUGGCCAGGGUGCGGGCCCAGGCUGAGCAGGGCCAGCGGGAACUGGGGAGUCUGAGCGCCAGAGUGCGGGAGCUGGAAGAGCGGCUGAGCACGCAGGAGGGCUUGGUGCACACGCUCCAGAAAGAACAGCUGGAGCUGCAGGAGGAGCGGAGGACACUGACCACCCAGCUGGAGGAGCAGGAGAGGCGGCUGCGGGCAUCAGAAGCGGCGCUGUCGAGCAGCCAGGCGGAGGUGGCAUCGCUGCGGCAGGAGACCACGGCCCAGGCAGCCUUACUGGCUGAGCGAGGAGACCGCCUCCAUGCGCUGGACAUGGAGCGCCGGCGGCUGCACAACCAGCUGCAGGAACUGAAGGGCAACAUCCGGGUAUUCUGCCGGGUCCGCCCUGUUCUCACAGGAGAGCCCAGCCCGGCCCCUGGGUUCCUCGUGUUCCCCGCUGGGCCUGGGGGGCCCGCCGACAUCCCCACCCGCCUUAGCCUCACGCGCUCUGACGACCGGCGCGGCACCCUGACGGGGGCUCCAGCCCCACCUACCCGCCACGACUUCUCCUUUGACCGAGUGUUCCCACCAGAAAGUAGGCAGGACGAAGUGUUUGAGGAGAUCGCCAUGCUGGUCCAGUCGGCCCUGGAUGGGUACCCAGUGUGCAUCUUUGCCUACGGCCAGACUGGAAGCGGCAAGACCUUCACGAUGGAGGGUGGGCCCGAGGGAGACCCCCAGUUGGAGGGGCUGAUCCCACGGGCACUGCGGCACCUCUUUGCUGUGGCUGAGGAAAUGAGCAGCCAGGGCUGGGCAUACAGCUUUGUGGCAAGCUAUGUAGAGAUCUACAACGAGACUGUCCGCGACCUGCUGGCCACUGGGUCCCGGAAAGGCCAAGGAGGCGAGUGCGAGAUUCGCCGGGCAGGACCAGGGAGUGAGGAGCUUACUGUCACCAAUGCCCGCUAUGUCCUUGUCUCCUGUGAGAAAGAGGUGCGCACCCUGCUUCAGCUGGCCCACCAGAACCGGGCUGUGGCCCGCACCGCCCAAAACGAGCGCUCCUCCCGCAGUCACAGCGUGUUCCAGCUGCAGAUUUUCGGGGAGCAUGCUGCCCGGGGCCUGAAGUGUGGGGCCCCUCUCAACCUUAUAGACCUGGCUGGGAGUGAGCGACUGGACCCCAGCCUCGCCCUGGGCCGUGAAGAGCGGGACCGCCUGCGGGAGACACAGGCCAUCAACAGCAGCCUGUCCACACUGGGGCUGGUCAUCAUGGCCCUGAGCAACAAGGAGCCCCACGUCCCUUACCGGAACAGCAAGCUCACCUACCUGCUGCAGAGCUCCCUGGGUGGCAGUGCCAAGAUGCUCAUGUUUGUGAACAUUUCCCCGCUGGAAGAGAACGCCUCCGAGUCCCUCAAUUCUCUGCGCUUCGCCUCCAAGGUGAACCAGUGUGUUAUUGGUACUGCCCAGGCCAACAAGAAAUGAAGAUGAAGCCUGAGCCUCUCUGUGCUUUGUCCGUGUGUCUGUAUUGGAAGGAGACAGAUUUCUGCAGGAUGAUUUGUUGGGUGAAGGGCACUAUGUACUCUGUUUAUCAAAUAAAGAACACUGCUGGGCGUGAUGGCACGCUCGCCUGUAAUCCCAGCACUGCAAGAAUGAGGCAGGAGGAUCACUGACUUUGAGGCCAGCCUGGGCUACCCAGCGAGACCCUGUCUCAAAAAACAAAAAUACUAGGCACCCCUCUAAGGUUGUUGCUCUUUAAAUAAAGGUUUUAUUAGCAGUUGCCAGA